GUGGACUUUUAAGUAUGUAGAAGGCGUUGCUCCGUGAGCGGAAGUGUUCCGUUCACAUUCACCGCUCGACUCCGCAGACAUCUGACCUUAUGAGAUCUCCGGACAGCGCUGCUCUCCGAUCCUAACAGUCCAGCUCUAGAAGUUAAUCUAUGAUUGUGAGUCCGUUCAGGAUGCCUGGAUCACUUCCUGCUGUUUGUGAGGCCACGUGGCCCAAGGAUGUGGGCAUCAUCGCCCUGGAGGUGUACUUCCCCUCUCAGUACGUGGAGCAGGCGGAGCUGGAGGAGUUCGAUGGGGUCUCAGCCGGUAAAUACACGGUGGGGCUGGGCCAGGCGCGCAUGGGCUUCUGCUCGGACCGCGAGGACAUCAGCUCUCUGUGUCUGACCGUGGUGCAGCGGCUGAUGGAGCGCAGCGGCCUGUCCUACGACAGCGUGGGCCGGCUGGAGGUGGGCACAGAGACCAUCAUCGACAAGUCCAAGUCCUCCAAGACUGUCCUGAUGCAGCUGUUCCAGGAGUCGGGCAACACUGACGUGGAGGGAGUGGACACCACCAACGCCUGCUACGGAGGAACCGCUGCGCUCUUCAACGCCGUCAACUGGGUGGAGUCCAGCUCCUGGGACGGCCGGUACGCUCUGGUGGUGGCGGGGGACAUUGCUGUGUACGCCUCGGGCAGUGCCAGGCCGACGGGGGGAGCUGGAGCCGUGGCCAUGCUGGUGGGACCACACGCCCCUCUGGCCUUCGAGAGAGGGCUUCGUGGGACACAUAUGCAGCAUGCGUAUGACUUCUAUAAGCCUGAUAUGGUGUCAGAGUAUCCCGUGGUGGACGGCAAGCUCUCCAUCCAGUGUUACCUCAGCGCUUUAGACCGCUGCUACUCCGUCUACAGGAACAAGAUCCACGGCCAGUGGCAGAGAGAGGGCCUUGACAAGCGUUGCAGUCUGGAAGACUUCGGCUUCAUGGUGUUUCACUCUCCUUACUGUAAACUGGUGCAGAAGUCUCUGGCUCGACUGAUGCUCAACGACUUCCUGUGUCACCCCAGUCCAGACACCGAGAGCGGGCCCUUCAGCGGACUGGACGCUUUCAGAGAUGUGAAGAUCGAGGACACUUAUUUCGACAGAGAUGUGGAGAAGGCCUUUCUGAAGGCCAGCUCAGAAGCGUUCGAGAACAAGACCAAGGCGUCUCUCCUGAUCUCGAACCAGAAUGGUAACAUGUACACGCCGUCCGUGUACGGCUGCUUGGCUUCGGUUCUCGCUCAACACACACCGCAGCAGCUGGCAGGACAGAGAAUCGGUGUGUUUUCAUACGGCUCCGGCUUUGCUGCUACGCUCUACUCCAUCAAAGUCACACCAGACGCUACACCUGGAUCUGCUCUGGAUAAGCUGGUCUCCAGUCUGUGUGACUUACAGGCCAGACUGGACUCCAGGAAGAAGGUUUCACCCCAUGUGUUUGCUCAGAACAUGAAGCUCAGAGAAGAAACCCAUCAUUUAGCAAACUACACCCCUCAAGGCCCGGUGGAGGACCUCUUCCCGGGAACAUGGUACCUGACUCGAGUGGAUGAAAAGCAUCGCAGACAGUACUCCAGACGCUCGAUGAGCGCUGAGCGACCGCUGGAGGCCGGACUCAUCACUUCCUGCAUGGAGCCUGAGCAUAUUCCCAGCCCGCUGAAGAAGAUGCCCCGCAUCCCAUGCACCACCGCUGGCCCCGAGGGGCUCGUCAUCAGUAACGGGGAUCAUUAAGUUUACCUCUGUGAGGUGCUCACUAUGGCAGAUCACAUGAUCUGGAAAAACAACACUGAUCGAUGAGUGAUCUAAAACUGAAAGCUUUCUGUUGUUCAGGACAGACUCCGUGUGGAAGAUCCCACCACUAUCUAUGCAGACUUCCCCAACUGUUUAACCCUCGCAAGUUCUACGUAUCCACCUUUUUUUAAGCAUUAAACUUAACCCUUUCAUGUUUAAAGACAGAAAAGAACAUCCAAAGGUGAAUGUCUUGAAGAAGAGCGUCCCUCGUUGUUUGUAAUUGGUCUAAAUGCUGUAUCUCUCUCUUCUCGUCAGCUCUCCUGAUUUGAUCAGUUGUUCUCUUAUGAAACUCCUCUCUAGUCAGUCUUCUCACCCUGGUCAUGUCAGGGAAAUGUGCCUGGAUCACACAUUAAUGAGCCAUUCACUUUAACUAUACAGACGCUGCUAAACGGACUUCAGUUAGCAUUUAUGUCCUUCGAAAUGAGGAUCGUUUAUUUUAAAAUUCCUUCUAGCCAAAGUAGAUGUGUUCAUUUAUAUGCACUCAGAUGAGAAAAAAGUCAAGAUUAUUGCAUUGACAAAAAAAGUGACAAUAACUUGAUAAAGCAAGCAUCUGAUUAAGUCUAUUCACCCAACUUUUCAUCAUUUACUUGCCCUCGUUUUGCUCCAUAUUCAUACACUCAGAAAAAAGGCACUUAAUCUGUCCAUGGGGCAGUAUCAUUUCAGAAGAUACACCUUGGUACCUAAAGGGUCCAAAUUGGUACCAUAAAGGUACAAAAAAGUGCAUAUUAAUACCUAAAAGGUACAAACGUGAUUGCUCAGUGAUAGCUUUUGUACCUUUUUUUCUGAGAUGUUUUUUUUUUUUUUUUUUUGUAACAUAAAGAACAUAUUAUGAAGAAAGUUGGCAACUAAACAGUUCUGGAUCCCAUCGACUUUUAUUGAAUGGAAAAAGAAAAUACAGUGAUAAAAUAAAAUAACUGUUUGGUUACCGCGUCCUUCAUAAUAUCUUUCAUGACGCACAGAAUAAAAGUGAGUAAAUGAUGAGAAAAAUGUAUUUUUUGUUGAACUACCCCUUUAACUCACUCUAUGUCAUCAGUAUGUAGAUCACAACUAACCCUAAUAUUUCUUGAUCUGUUGAAAACUUGAUUUCAUAUUAAUGUGAGCUCGUAUGAUCAAAUAUUUGACCUUUGAUUGUUCCAAAUGACAGAGCACUUCUCAGCAAUCAUAACUUAUUCAGAGAUUUAUCGAUUUCAGAGUUUAAUAUGAAUAAUACUGCGGUAUUGUAAAAGUUAGCACCUUAACACCUUGAUGUUAAAGGGUUUGUGGCAGAUUUACUAGACUAAAAGAGGUAUUUUUAGAAAGAGUGAACACUGAUAGCAAGAUGUAACUUAUUUAACCCUUUCCAAACAUCCUUCAGUCUGUGAGUUCGUGUUGACAUCUGAAUAUCAAGAGCACGUCUGCACCACAUGCAUAUCCAUCCUUUGAGAAGCCUUAUUCUGAACAUGUACAGAAACAUCUGAAAACUGUGUAGAGAUAUUUCUCUUUCAUUCUGCUGCCAGGACAUGUUGACUGUAAAGAGCCAAUGUUUACAAGACGUUUUCCUCAUGUCUCUUCUUACCAAUAAUUGGUAAGUAAUGUACAGCACUAACUUAUAUUUGUAGAUGGACAAAAACUGGUAUCUGAUCAUGUGUAACGUGUACAAAACAAGCUGUUAGACGAUGUGUGUGUGGGAUCUGAUCAUGUAUCAACUGAGGAUUAAAUGUUCAUUUGCUGAA